AUGACUAGGGUCCACAUGUUCGAAACGAAGACACAGGUGAACGCUACGUGGGGCUUGGGUCGAAUCUCGCACAUUGAGCCUGGUCAGAAUAAUUACCUUUACGAUUCCACUGCUGGCGAAGGCACAUGCGUAUAUGUCGUCGAUACCGGUAUCGAGACCACUCAUCCAGAAUUCGAGGGCCGCGCCUACUUCCUUGCAGAUUUUAGCGAAGAGGGAGACCAGAUUGACGGUGCGGGACAUGGUACUCAUGUUGCUGGCACAAUCGGUUCCCUCACAUGGGGUGUGGCAAAGAAGACGACUCUUUUCGCAGUCCGAGUGCUGGACUCUUCCGGUACCGGUACAAAUGCUGGCGUCCUUGCCGGUAUGCAGUUUGUUAUCACGGAUGCAAAAGAGCGUAUGGACGCCGGAGAUUGCCCGAAAGGAGCCUUGGCCAAUAUGAGCCUUGGGGGAAGAAAAUCUCAAGUCAUGAAUGAUGCUGCUGCUGCUAUCGUUGCGGCAGGUAUCUUCCUUGGUGUCGCCGCAGGCAAUGAAGGCACGUUGGCUGAUUACUCAUCUCCAUCAUCUGAACCUACUGUAUAUACCGUGGCCGCUACAGCAAAUAAUGGUACGCUCAUCGAAUGGUCCAACUAUGGUCCCCGGGUCGAUAUUCUGGCACCUGGUGUUGAGAUCACCAGCACUUGGAUUGGUGGAGGCAUCAACACUAUAUCUGGAACCAGUAUGGCCACUCCGCAUGUUGUCGGCGUAGCUGCGUAUUUCGCGGGUCUGGGAGCACGGGUAGAAGGUUUACGCCUCAUCUUUACUGGAGAGGAGAAAACUAUCCUAGAAGUCAUGGCGUCAUACUUCGAUCUCCCGCCGUCCCAGAAGGCCGCGCCAGCUGCGAGUCUAGAUCAAAUACCCCAGGACCAGCGCAAACAAUUGGGUCGCAUGAACAGCUUAAUGUCCCCUGCAGUCACACAGAUAUUGGAAGGAUUAGGCGACGACCACUCAGACAGCGAUAGCAGCGAAGGAGACAUAUCUGAACAAGAAGAGCAACGUUCCACUCAACAUACCAAGAAAUCACUCGAGCCUCAGCGGCUGAGCCAAGACAAACAAAAGCAUAUCGCUGGCCAGAACCCUCGACCUUCAUCAUUGUCACCAAGCAGAAGUUCUCUGAAAUCGGGUACCGGCAAAAGUUCAAUUCACUCUAAAACUUCUUCGGCACGUGGGAGCGGAGAAAACUCCGCAAAGCCCAGACAAAAACAGCCUCACAUGGCGCGAUUCCACUCUCUUCGCAGCAUGCUUUUCCAACAAAGAAUUGAAGACCAAAUGAAGACUGUCACACAGGAAGACUGUCAGAAUGAACAAAACGCGGCAGACAAGUGGCAUAAGCAACACGAAGAGCGCCAGAUGCACCGCACGGGGACACCCGAGAAGGACUCAUCAGGGAAGAGUGGAAUUGGAAGCAGACUGAGAAUGACGGUAAGAAGGAUGACAACAAAAGAUGCGGGGAAUAUGGAGAAGAUCAGGGAAGAUGGCGCACCAGUCGAAUUCAAUGAUCGGGCAUCAACGGCCUCUUCAGACGUGGAAGGAGAACAAAGGAAUCCAUAUGAGAGUGAUGGAGAGAGCAUCGAUCAUUCUGACGUGGAAGAAUUGGUACGUUGGGUCAGUCGACGGGAUCCACCCAGUGACGGUGAAAGACGAAAAGACAACAGUGUGGUGGAGGCCAAAGAGGAUAGUGGCCACGAGAGCCUUGGGCCGUCGGAUGUUGAUGAACUUGUUCGUUUCGCCAGCAGAAAAUCUGACGCCAAAGAGACUCGCUCAAUCAACGACGGACAUUCGGGGUAUAGCGAUGCGUCCACUGAGUCUGACAGCGAACUCAGAGAAGUAUCUUCAGAUGAAGAAGAGGACGCAGAUGACCUCGUACGCUGGAUAUCGCAUCGCGACGGACCUAAAGCAGGCCCAGUGCGUAGGAACUUACAACGAGCGGAACUGGACUCUGAUGUAGGAGAGCACUACGAGUCUGACGUACCAGAACUAGGUCGCUGGUUCAAGCGCCACGACGGCACUAGCGGCGAGUCUGCAGCGUCUACGCCUGUCAAGGAGACUUUUGACGAUUUUGACGAAGAGGAGCAGCGUGGUCGCCCAAGAAGCCGCGAGGAAAUUGAACCAAUCAAGGAAAAGAGGCAUAUUACAGACGACGACGUCGACGAACUUGUCCGCUGGGUGAGCAGGAAAGAUUCCAAACAGCAAGAAUCACCCGUGCUAGAAGGCGAUAAUCCAAUUGGCCGUCUAAAGCGGGAAGAGGAAGAGAAGCAGCAACAAAUCGGCAUGAGUGUCGAUGAUGGUAGUCUCUCCCAAGCUGAUCUACCGGAUGUUGUCGAACAUGCGCGAAAGACGAGUGGUGGUCCCACUAAUUCUCCACCAACAGGCCCGUUUGCAGUCGAAACCGGCGAUUUGCGAGUACUAAGGGACGAAAAGACAAAAGCGGUUACCCCAGACCGUGACUCCCAGCGCGAUCUAGACGGGCAGAGAGAAAGUCUAGACGAGAAGAAACAAGAGCUAGGCAUGAGUCAUGAUGAUGAGAGUCUGAGCCACAGCGAUGUGCAAGACCUAAUCGCACACGUAAAGAAGAUCUGA